AUGGGUAGCCGCCUGGAAAAGAAUUCGGAAUCGGUUCGAAAGCGCAUCGAAUCGCAUACUUUCCAAAGCGAAGGGGGUGAAGAGUAUGAAAGUUCAAAAUUUGGAGGCUUUUCGGAUUACUUUCGGCGCAAAAGGAUCAAAUUACAAAAUUUGGAUGCAGAAGUCCGAUCUACAUCGACUGGAAAUCCAAAUAUCUUUCGCGGCAUCGUGGCGCACGUUAACGGCUAUACACAACCCUCCUUGAGUGAUCUCCAUCGCAUGAUAGUAUCUCAUGGCGGUGGGUUCAUGCAAUACUUGGAUGGAAAAACCGCAGUUACUCAUAUCAUUGCAUCAACUCUGACUCCCAAAAAAGCAAUCGAGUUUAAGCGAUAUAGAAUCGUGAAACCGGCUUGGGUAGUAAAUAGUGUAAAGGCUGGAAAAUGUCUUCCAUGGGAUUCUUAUCGUGUUCUAGAUGAGGGAGUCGGUCAACGAUUACUUGGAUUUAGUGAAGGUAAAGUUGUUAAUCAAUCGGCAACCCAACAAAGAGGAUACCGCGAUCAAACAAAUGCAAGCUGGUAUACCAGUCAGGUCAGAAAUGUCGCCGAAGAUAUUGAUGACGAUGAUGGGCCCCAAUUUCCGAAUUCGCAGGUACAAAAGAUCAUGUCGCAAAAUCCUGGCGCAUCCACGCAAUCAUCUGCCGAUCAAAUGCUCGAAAGCAUCGAGGAAGUCGAUCAAAUCCCGGCUUAUGAUCCUGUAAGCUCUGGUGGAAGCUUUGAAGCUUCAUCGUCCUUGGAAGAAGCCUUGAAGCACGCCGCCAAUGUUACUACUCCUGCUCGAAAAGCAGCAUUAAAAUCUAUUCAGAUAUCAAAGAAUAAUUUUCUUAUGAAGAAAUCUCCUUCGCAUUCCCCUGACCUUCAGACCUCGUCAAGUCCAACAGCUGUCACUCCAACUAAACCAAAAUUUCUCACACCUGUCAGAAAAGAAGCAUAUGAUGUUGAAAAAUCGCAUACACCUGAACUCGGACCUACUGAACCAAGAUCGUUUCUCAACACCAAGAAGAGAUCAAAUGAUGAAGAAACAACCAACUCUCCCAAGAAGGCAAAGAUUGAGACUGCAGAAGAACACAACGCAAAAUUAUUAGCAGACCCUCAUAUGCGAAAAUCAACGACUGCAAACCCGGACUUUAUCAAGCAAUACUAUUCCGAAUCUCGGCUACAUCAUUUGUCUACCUGGAAGGCAGAUCUUAAAUCAAAAUUUCAGCAGAUGGCAUCCGAGAAGUCGGCUUCUCAAAAACAGACAACAAAGCGAAAACCUGGCUCCCGAAGAUACGUCAUGCAUGUAGAUUUCGAUAGUUUCUUUUGUGCGGUAUCUCUCAAAAGCGCACCUCAAUUUGUCGAUAAACCUGCAGUUGUUGCUCAUGGCAGUGGAACGGGGUCUGAAAUUGCUAGUUGUAACUAUCCAGCUCGUGAAUUUGGCAUCAAAAACGGAAUGUGGAUGAAAAAUGCCAUUAAACUAUGUCCCGACAUCAAGGUCUUACCCUAUAAUUUUCCAGCGUACGAGGACGCUAGUAAAUUAUUUUAUGAGGCUAUUUUAAAUGUCGGCGGUGUAGUACAAAGUGUCAGUGUUGACGAAGCUCUCGUUGAUAUCACUUCUUUGUGCUUAGCUGCAGGUGGCACUGAUGGAGUCGGAAUUCUAGAUAGUGGUAGUAUUAGGAGAGAACAAGAAAGAGCUGAUGAGAUUGGGAAUAAACUUCGAGAGGUUAUCAAACAGAAGACAGGUUGCAAUGUAUCUGUUGGAAUUGGAGGAAAUAUUUUACUUGCGAAAGUUGCACUUCGGAAAGCCAAACCGGCUGGUCAGCAUCAAAUAAAACCAGAAGAGGUUUUGGAUUUCAUCGGCGAACUUGAUGUUAAGAAUCUUCCCGGCGUUGCCUACAGUAUCGGGGGAAAGCUCGAAGAGAUUGGAGUUAAAUUUGUGAAAGAUGUCCGGCAAUUAUCCAAAGAUCGCCUGGUGACUGUUUUGGGUCUCAAAACCGGGGAAAGAAUAUGGGAUUAUUCGAGAGGCAUUGACAAAUUGGAGGUUGGAGAGCAAGUUGUACGAAAGUCUGUCUCGGCCGAGGUGAACUGGGGUAUUAGGUUCACUUCACAGACAGAAGCUGAAGAAUUUGUUCAAAAUCUCUGCAUUGAAUUACAGCGUCGAUUGAUCGAGCAAAGAGUCAAGGGGAAGCAAAUGACUUUGAAAAUUAUGAGGAAAUCUGCUGAUGCACCCCUUGACCCACCCAAAUUCCUUGGUCAUGGAAGUUGUGAUACUUUCAACAAGAGCAUAGUCCUUGGUGUGGCUACUAAUGAUGCUUUAAUCAUCGGAAGAGAAGCAAUCUCAAUUCUGAGAAGUUAUGGCUUCUCUCCUGGAGAGCUACGGGGCCUUGGCGUUCAAAUGACCAAACUUGAGCCUGUGAAGUUUUCCAAUGGUUCUUUACUUGAUGGCAGUCAAAGAAGGAUUAAUUUUGGCGCCCCUGUGGCAUCAAAGUCAAGUAAGAAAUCUACUGAGGACCCUAUCGUUGAUGAACCAGAGACUCCAACGAAACAGAGGAUAAUUCCAUAUGCACAAUCUACAAAACGACUUUCGGAAGAUAUCGUCAAUUUUGCAACACCAACGAAGCCUAAGUCUAUCACAAAAUCAAUACCUGGCGAAGACCCUAUUGAUGAAAGUAGUCCCUUGAAAGCCAGACCAACUCCAGCUCAUCCCGCAACUUUCAUUGCAAGAACAAAUGCUGGUGAUCAAAGUGCCAGAAAGCUCAACUUGACUGGAACUCAAUUUAUCAUACCAAGUCAAGUCGACCCCGAAGUCUUGAAAGAACUUCCUCCAGAUAUCAGAUCAAAAUUAAUGGCUCAAAGUAAGAGCUUGCCGGCCUCAAGAGAACACACUCCUAUUAUGCCAGUGAAAGAGUCUUUGUCUGAGAGUCCUGCCAGAUCCAAAGUCUCGUCUUAUAUGCCUUCACAGCUCGAUCCCGAAGUAUUCGACGCAUUACCUGAAGAAAUGAAAGCAGAAAUAUUAGAAAGCUAUAAGCCACAGAUUCCACAUCCAGUACCUGGGGUACAAACAAUUCUCCCUCAGUCACCCCGCAAAAACCGGACGAUAACUGGUAAAAAGCCGCCAACUCCUAUCAAGAAACGAGGCCGCGGUAGACCUCCCGGGCCUAGGAUCAAACCUGAACCUCCAGGUGGUCCACUUCAAUCGAAAUUUGUCGCCAACCCUCUCAGACGAGAAGCCUCAGUUGAUGCUGGUGAUGAUACCGAUAUUCUCGAUCCAGAAUUCCUCGCUGCAUUGCCCGAAGACAUGCGUGAAGAGAUAAUAGCCGAGCAUCGACGGAAACGCCUACAAAAACGCGGUGGACUCAUGACAUCCACAGUCAAGAAGAUAAAGAAACCAGAUCCAGCUCCACUCGGACCGCGAAGAAUCCGUCUUCCUCCCAAACCGCCAAAGCCCACUUUCACAACGCAGGAAUUGAGUACACUAGAGGAACUUAGAGAGACGCUUACAAUCUGGUAUCGUGAAUUCGAAAGUGAAGGUCCGCAUCCGGAUGAUGUCUCUGCGAUGGAGAGAUAUUUAAGAAGAGUCAUUCUAGACGAGAGAGAUUUGGCAAAAGUGGUAGGGGUUGUGAAAUGGUUGGGAUGGUUAAUAGAUGAUAGUGAAGUCGUAGGAAAAGGAAAACGACACUGGGAAAAAGUAUACGUAGAUGUAUGUCGUAAGAUUCAAGAGGCUGUCAAGGAAAGGGGUCUGGGUAGACUUGAUUUCUAG